AUGGAUCUUCGCGCCUUGGCCGACAAGUAUGGCGGACUCUCGCCAGAGGUGACGGGAAAGGCCAUGGAGUACAUGCGCAUGAUCGACCUCAAGAUGCAGGGUGGCAAGGCGUCGGUGUCGCUGCUCGACCGGCCGGCCGCCUGCCUCGAGCUCGCAUGCGAUGUGCUUCAGCAGCCGUGCGACAGCCACAAGCUCUUUACGCUGGCAGGCGGUCGAAGUCUCGCCAAGCACAAGCAGAGCGUGCGGCUGAUUUCGAGCCUCUUGCGCCUCCACGCCAACCAUAAUGCGACGGUAACGACGGCCGCGCUCUGCGUCAAAUUUGGCUGCCCGGCGCUCACCGAGUUUGUUGCGGCCGUCCACGACGACUACAAGCACCGCAUGGUCUCGAAGCUCUCGAAAGCGAGCCAGCAGCAAGUGGACUUUUCCCGGCCGCUCUUUCCGAUUGCUGUCUUCUAUGUAUGCGCGCAAAAAGCCAACCACCGCGUGGACAAGGCGCAGCUCAUCCAAAUGACCUUUAGCCACCCGAAUGAGUUUGCGAGUGUCGUGUCGUCCAUCGAGCGCGUCUGCGACCUCUCGCUCUCACGCUAUACGCGUUCCGAGGCGAGCUUGAAAAUUGGGCGCAAGCGCAAGCGCAAGGACUUGGCCGAUACUGGCGACGACGAUGGCGACGACGAUGGCGACGCGCGUGCGAACAAGCCAAAGGAGAAUGCAGGGCCGCAAGCCAGCGCCGGUGCCAGCGCGACCCGGUCACUCGAUCAAAUCAAAAAGCUCAUCCAGCUCCAAACCUCCGCCAAGGCCGCCACGUCAGGCCAAGCCCCGGCGCCAGCACAGAAAGUUCUAUCGCCGGCACCAACAUCGCCCGCACCAAGCGCCGAAGAGUACUUGGACUGGAAGAAGAAGAUUCUCGCGCGCAUGAUGGAGCAAAAAACAUCGACCGACUAGCCCAUAACGAAUUAUUGGCUCUAAGAAUACGCUAAGAAUGCGACUGAAACAGACA